AUGCAAUCGAAUAACGAUUCUUUUCAAGAAGGCUUGCCAGUUGCGACAAGCACACCGGUAAGCAACCAAGAAAGGUGCCGCAUUUUGGAGCAGCGCUUGGCGGAGAAGGACCAGCAGCUAAGGCUGCUGCAGGAAAGAUACCGCAUUUUGGAGCAGCGCCGGGAGGAGGAGGCGCAGCAUCAUAAUGUGCUCCAGGAAAGAUACCGCAUUUUGGAGCAACGGCUGGCUCAGGAGCAACGAGAAAAGCAACGGCUCCAGAAAAGAUGCAGUGAGCUUCAGGGGGUGGCCGGCAUCGCGCGCAGCAUUGCAGCACUGCCGGCUAUCAGCGGGCUCAGCGACAGCGACGACGGCGGCAGCAGCGAGCCCGGCGGCGCUGUCGCCAGGGUGGAUGAAACGGAAGGUGAUGAGCAAUGUAAGAAAGAUCAGCAGAAGAAUGGAUCGAAUUCUUCAGACGAAGAAGAGCUCGAUGGAACGGAAAAGAUGGCAGAUGAACCAGAACCGGAACCAACCGAAGAUGAAGCGACGGAUUCGUCACAACCGCCCCGUGCCUGA